AUAUCUAAAAUUAUACCAUAGAUAUAAAGAUUUUGCAAAGCAUACAAGACCAAAGGUAGUACUUGCAAGUAAUGUUAGUUUAGAAACAGGAUUCUCCUGUGAAUUUUUAUUUGAAAUAUCAAAAUCACAUAUAAAUACUCUCAUUUUAACUGAUCAUGGACCACCAAAUUCUUUGGCAAGAACAUUAUAUUAUGAAUGGGAUUGUAAUAGUCAACUAAGUCAAAUUAAUAAAAAGGUUCCUUUAGAAGGGGUGGAACUUUUAGAAUAUAAAGCAAUGCAAUGCAAGAAGCAGGAAAGAGAGGCAGCACAACCAGCACUCGUUGCUAAAUCUUUGUCAAUAAUUGAAGAAGAUGAGGCAGAUGAUGAAAAGUCAGAAGCAGGAGAUGCAGACAUGGAAGAAUUAUUGGCAAAACAAUUUGACCUUUAUGUUCGUGAUGUAACAAAGUAUGGUGGUUUUUUCAAACAAUUGCAAAGUUAUUUGAUGUAUCCAUAUAUUGAAAAAAGGAAAAGAUAUGAUGAUGACUAUGGUGAAAUUAUCCCGCCUGAUAUGUUUAAAAGAAUUGAUGGAUCAAUUGGUAAUGAUGGAAUCGGUGUUGAACCAAUUGGUGAUAGAGAGGAUAUGGGUGGUGGUGAUAGAGAGGAGCUUGAUAAAGAUAGUAAUCAUUCUUCUUUGGAUUCUAAUGUUCCAACAAAAUAUGUAUCAUAUAAUGAAGAUGUUACAUUCAAAUGUCAAAUACAAUUUAUAUACUUGGAAGGAACUAAUGACAGAAGAUCAUUGAAAACCAUAGUACUGCAAGUACAACCUAGAAAAUUAGUAAUAAAAUAUUGUUUUUUAUUCAUAAAUAGUUGUGGCUAUGAAGCAACAAAAGAUUUUGCUCAAAGCUGUUUAGCUCUGGAAUCAAUGACUAAAAACAUUUAUACACCAGAUGUUGGAGAAACUUUGAAUGUUUCAGCUGCAAUAAAUUUCUAUCAAGUCAAACUGACUGAUGCAUUUGUUAGUUCAUUAAAUUUUUUAAAGCUUGAAGAUUAUGAUAUAGCAUUCAUAAUGGGAAAAUUUUCAUUCCCACAAGACUAUUCUCUCCCUAUAUUAGAUGCUAUACCAAUAGAAGAAAACACUAGUAAUAAUAAUCCUAUAUUUGUAGGUGAAGUGAAGUUAUCAAAAUUAAAACAUUUAUUACAAUCUGAAGGUAUCAAAGCUGAAUUUAAAGGUGAAGGUGUGUUAUUUUGUAAUGAAAAAGUUACCAUUAAAAAG